UCACUUCCCCACUACAAUGACCGGCUACGUCGUAUUAUCACAGACGGUUGACUAUAGUGUGCGCUCAGUUUAUUUCAACGUCGAAAGGUUCUAAAUAUUACAGUUUUAUUAUUUUAACAAUACAUUCAUUUCAAACAUUCUGUACAAUUGACCGCUAUUUACUCUGUUCACAUUUAUUUUAUGAAUAUUUAACAAUAAUAUAAUCGGUUUAACGGUACUAUAAUUUGUUAUCUUUAACAUGAUCUUCCUUCACGUAAGUUUCCAAGUCAGUUAAACGCGUAUGCAUAUAUUUUAUGUACCUAAACCAGUGAUCGUUCGAACGAAUAUGAGUAUUUUUUUUGUUUUAUUAAUACUUGUAUGGAGUCAUAUGUCAGGUACUUAUGUCGUCACCUUAUUUGUAGAUGGCAAAAACGAAAACAAGUCUACAACGAAUAACGAAUCAUGUAUAACUUGUUUUUGUGAACUCAAGACUAGCAAUUGUAAAGAAGAAAUGUGUACAGAUACAAAAAGUAUUGAUUAUUGCAAAAAUAAAACUCAUCAAGCAAGUAUUGCAGAACAUCGAAUUCCGACAUCAAUUUUUAGUCUACAUAAUAUUGGAUUAAUGUUCAAAAUGUUCAUAUGUAUGUGUGUAAUUUAUAUGUUUAUAAUACACGCAUCUGGAGAUUGCUUUGAAUCAAUUUCUACGAGAAGACGUCAUCCAAGUUUAAAUCGAAUUCUAUCUGAUGACGGUCGGCCGUCCACUAAUAUUUAUAGUGACGACCAGAGUUGUGUAAUACCGUUGAACGUCUUUGACCACAACAAUUACAUUAAUGAUCCGCCACCUUCGUAUCACGAUGUGCAAAACACCAGAACAAAUGUCUCAAGUCUUCGGUACACAACACAACUACCGGUGCAGAGCUUCGAUUUAAAUCACGCCGAUAGUCUUAAUAACUACAGCGCGGGCUCGUCUUUAACGUCCCCGGUCGACGAACCACCGCCGUCGUACGACGAUUUUAUGGCGAUCCAUCGUUCGAAACUCUCACGAGUUCAUAAUAAUUUACUGACGAAUCGUCCGAAUGAUCAUUUGUACACGGCUAUGCCAGCUGAUGUGACAGAAAUCGUACGAGAUUCUCAAACGACAUUAGUAUCCUAAACCGACAUUUUAAGUGCUCAAGUCUGAUACAGGUGAACUCGACCAAUUGUCGACCUGUCGGGUCCUCUACGUCCUUUCACGUUUUACACUUUUUUAUUUUAUUUAAAUUUUAUUGCGAACGAAAAAAUUCUCAGACCUAUCUAAUGUUUUAAGUUAAAAGUAAUGGACUAUGAUGAUUUGACGAAUAGAGUUAUACUGGUUUGAUUCGCGUAUAUAUCGUUAUAUUUGUGAAAAUCUACUCGACCCAGUGAAAUCGCUCUCUAUUUUCUUUAUACGUUUUGAAAUCGAACAUGUCCGAAAGCCUUUGAUAAAGAACAUUUCAUAAAACAUAAUUUAAUUGUUCAUGCUGUAUAUUUCUUUAUAUCAAGGUAAUUGUUUGUAAUUUCAUUAUAUUGCAGAUUAAAAAUAAUGUUUUAUAUUAAAAUUAUUAAAA